CAUAUACAAUGGCAGAGUAUGUCACAAGAAUUCCUCCUAACUAAUACAUUCAUGUUUUAGAUUAAAAUACUAACACAGCAAGGUAAUGAUGAAUCUGAAUAUAUUAUAGAUUGGAAGUUGGACCUCUUACAUUCAUCAGAAAAGAGCAUGAAAGCAUAAUUGAAGGUCCAAGCAAAAUGAUAAGCUUACCACCAAAAACAUAUUGCAAGAUCCAAAAUCCCAUAUUGAGAGAUGUAAGAAAAUUGCCUGUUAAAAAUGCUUACGGCGAAGUGGAAAUUCAGAGGGGAGAGAUAGAAUAUAGAACUGCUGAUGACUAUUCAGAUCCUUUUCCUUUGUUUCCAGGUAAAUUAUUAACAUAACAACAAUUUAGGGGAGAAGUUGGAUGGUAGAGUUGAAACAUUGCUUAUCGUCUAACAAAAUACAGCCUUGAGACUAGUCGCUGUUAGAGACUUCGAAGUUGAAGGAAAGAAAAGGUAAGCCGGCGAAGAAUGGUAAUAUUUCAUUUAAACAUAACUUAGGUAACGCAACGGACCAUUUACUUACUAUCCCAGAGCAGAAGAAUAAAUUGUUGAGGUAGUGAAGGCUGAAGUAAUUAAACCAAACUCAGCUUUGAAAUUGAAAGCAACCCAAACCUUCAUUGAUAAAAAUGGCAAAGAAAGAAGAGCUGGGUAAUUUAUAUUUUGAUUUAUUCUAUAGAUAAGAAUGGCUCAUCAGAACCACAGGUUCAUAUUUGGCGGAUACAUUUGAGAGAGUCUCUGAAGUAGUAAAAGGAGUUGUUCUCACAGAUAAAGUAUGUGUUCAUCUAAGAGCACUUAAUGAAUUUACUGACGUUUAUGGCAUCAAAAGGAAACCAGGAAAUGAAUGGAUCAUCACUAAUAAAUAGGCUUAAGUUCAUAUUACAGAUGUUUAUGAAUAAUUGGUAGCAGUUGAAUAGGCUAUAACACUUGGUUCAAGGAAUUAUUGUAUUAUUCUAAACCCUUAUAAUCCAAAACUUUAACAAAACGAUUGGGGAAUUCAAGUACUCAUCAAGGGAGAAACAACUUUCUUCUUAUAACCAGGAGAGGAAUUAUUGGGAGGAAAAAUUGAAGAUGUAAUAAAAGUUAAUUAAAAUUAGAUUGCCAUUCUAGGUGAAGAAGAAGCUCUUUUGGUUUAGGCCAUCUAUGAUCAUUAAGAAGAGGAUGGGUAAUUCAGAAAGGCUGGAUAAAGAUGGAUAGUUAGAGGACCUAGAGAAUACAUCCCAGGAGUGAAGGUUUCAGUGAUAGAAAAAAGAAGAGCCAUUCCAUUGGAUGCCAAUGAAGGUAUAUAUGUUAGAGACAAUCGCACUGGAGAAGUCAAAGAGUAAUAAUAAUCAAGUUAUUCUUAGAAUCAAAGGAAAAACCUAUUUGUUGGAAGCCCAUGAAUCCUUAUGGGAAAAGCAUUUACCAGAAAAUGUUGAAAUUCUUGUUUAAAGGGCAGCAAGUGGUUAACCAUAUGUUCCACCAUCAGUGUAAGCAUCAGGAAAAAUGACCUAUAAUUUCGAUUCAGAAUAACUCAAGCCAAGAGACAAAACUAAAAUCAUCUCAUUCAAAGCACCUCAUAAUUCAGCCAUUUAAUUAUAUGAUUACAAACUCAAAAAGUCAAGAGUAGUUUUUGGACCAGAUCUUGUGAUGCUUGGACCUGAUGAAUAAUUCACAGUCAUUAAAUUGUCAGGAGGAAAACCUAAAGUAGAAAACCUCAUUCAAACUUUAACUCUAAGUUUAGGCCCAGAUUUUAUGACUGAUUAAUUGAUUGUUGAGACUAGUGAUCAUGCCAAAUUAAAAUUAACACUCAGUUACAAUUGGCACUUUAAAGUUAAUAAGGACGAUCCUAAUGAUGCAUAAAAAUUAUUUGCAGUCAAAGAUUUUGUUGGAGAUGCUUGCAAAUCAAUUGCCUCCAGAGUCAGAGGAGCUGUUUCUUCCAUUACAUUUGAAGAUUUCCAUAACAAUUCCAGCAUGAAAAUUAGAGAAGCUGUCUUUGGAAAAGAGGGAAGUGAAAUCAGAACCUCAUUCACCUUUGAAGCCAACAAUCUAGUCAUUACAUCUGUUGAUAUUUAAGGCUAAGAAAUUACAGAUGAAGCAACCAGAAGACAAUUAAGUUAGAGUAUCAAUUUGGCUAUUGAAAUCAGUUCAAAGAGUCAAGAAAUGCAAUCUAGACAUUAGGCUUCAAAGUUAGAAUAAGAGGCUAAAGGUCAAUUAGCUAGAUAAAAGCUUCUUGAUUAAGCUAAGGCAGAAGAAACCAAAAUUGAGUUAUUAAAGCAAUAGGCUUAAAGUGCCAAGGUUAGAGCAGAAGGAGAGGCUGUGGCUAGAGCCAUAGCUGAAACUAUGGAAAAGAAGAUCAAAGCUGAAGCUGAAGUCAAUCAAGCUGAACUCAGAUCUAAGGCCUUAUAAAUUGAAUAGGAGGCUUUAUUAGAAUAAUAAAGAUAAGAACAAGAGGCUGAAUUAAACUAUUAAAGAGUAUGUUAAUAUUUCUAUAUUUUAGCAACUUAUUGAAUUAGAAAUCAAGAAAGCCAAAGAGUUGUCAGAUAUUGAAAUCAAGAAAUUCAAGCAAUAAAUUUAAGCUAUUGGAAAAGAAACAAUCAUAGCUAUGGCUAAGGCUGGACCAGAAACCAAGGCUAAGUUAUUAGGAGGCUUAGGACUUAAAGGAUUCUUGGUUACUGAUGGCAAAAAUCCAAUCAACCUUUUUAACACAGCCAAUGGAUUUAUUGGAGAAAAUCUAAAAUGAUUUAUCAUUUGAGAUUAUCAAAAUAAUACAAUUUAAUAUUUCCC